AGAAUCGGGCUGCCGCUGCAGCCGCGACUGAGGCAGCUGGUGCUGCUGCAUCCCAACCUCUUGCCUCCGAGCCUACGCCUGAUCUCUAGGUGAGGAGGCGGGAAGUGGUCGAGCCGGUCAGGCCAGGGCUGCGCAGGGGCGCUGUGUCUACAGAAACUUCCGAGGGAUUCAAGCUGCGGCCUGUCAGAGCCGGUCAGGGAGGCGCCCACACUCCUGACAGGAUAAGAUGGCGGCGAUGGCGCCUGGAGGUAGCGGCAGUGGUGGCAGCGGCGUGAAUCCAUUCCUCAGCGAUUCGGACGAGGACGACGACGAGGUAGCGGCGACGGAGGAGCGGCGGGCCGUACUUCGGCUGGGUGCCGGAGGUGGCCUAGAUCCUGGCUCUGCGGGCUCACUGUCGCCCCAGGAUCCCGUGGCCAUAGGCAGCGGUGUGCGGCCGGGGCUCCCUGGGGAGGCGGCGGCGGCGGCCCUGGGGGGCACCGGGGAGACCCCAGCCCGCUUGUCCAUUGAUGCGAUCGCGGCUCAGUUGCUGCGCGACCAAUACCUGCUGACCGCUCUGGAGCUGCACACGGAGCUGUUGGAGAGCGGCCGCGAGCUGCCCCGGCUGCGCGACUACUUCUCCAACCCCGGCAACUUCGAGAGGCAAAGCGGGACCCCGCCCGGGAUGGGGGCGCCGGGGGUCCCUGGAGCAGCUGGCGCUGGGGGCGCCGGAGGACGGGAACCGAGCACCGCGUCGGGCGGGGGACAGCUCAAUCGAGCUGGAAGCAUCAGUACCCUUGAUUCUUUAGAUUUUGCAAGAUAUUCAGAUGAUGGUAACAGGGAAACAGAUGAGAGAGUGGCAGUCCUGGAGUUUGAACUACGGAAAGCCAAGGAGACCAUUCAGGCCCUCCGAGCCAACCUAACAAAGGCUGCAGAACAUGAAGUUCCUUUACAGGAACGAAAAAAUUACAAAUCCAGUCCUGAAAUUCAGGAGCCAAUCAAACCUCUUGAAAAGAGAGCUCUAAACUUCUUAGUCAAUGAAUUUUUAUUGAAGAACAACUACAAGCUUACAUCAAUAACCUUUUCAGAUGAGAAUGAUGAUCAGGAUUUUGAAUUAUGGGAUGAUGUAGGAUUAAACAUUCCAAAACCUCCAGACUUACUGCAACUCUACCGAGAUUUUGGAAAUCAUCAAGUGACUGGAAAAGAUCUUGUGGAUGUGGCCAGUGGAGUAGAAGAAGAUGAAUUAGAGGCCCUUACACCAAUUUUAGGCAGCCUUCCUCCAACACUUGAAACUCCGCAGCCUGUAGAGAACUCCAUGUUAGUACAGAAAUUAGAAGAUAAAAUUAGUUUAUUAAAUAGUGAGAAAUGGUCAUUGAUGGAGCAAAUCAGAAGACUUAAAAGUGAAAUGGAUUUCCUUAAAAAUGAACACUUUUCCAUCUCAGCAGUUUGUGACUCUGGUCAACCUUCUUUGGAUCAGCUACCCCACAAGGACUCUGAGGACAGUGUACAGGGUCCAGUUGUAAAUACUUCAUACACAGAAAAAAACAAGGAUAUCCAUCUUUUAAUGUCAGAUGAAGUUGAUUCCGCUAUUCCUAAGGAGAAUUCCCCAAAUUCUUUCCCCAGGGGAGAAAGAGAAGGAAUGCCAUCUUCUUCUCCAUCAAGUAAAAACACGGUUCAUUUUGAUAAACCCAAUCGGAAAUUGUCUCCUGCUUUCCACCAAGCACUACUCUCUUUCUGUCGAAUGUCAGCAGAUAGUCGUUUAGGAUCAGAGGUGUCUCGGAUUGCAGACAGUGAAAAAAACGUUAUGUUAAUGCUGGGACGCUGCCUGCCACACAUUGUUCCUAACGUGCUGUUGGCAAAGAGAGAGUCUAUUACUUGCAAUCAUAUUCUUACUUUUGUGCAUGCAUCUCUGCUCCUAGAGAAUGGUUUUACACCUCUGCCAG